AUGGCCAGUGUACGUGAUGAUCCGGAGAGCUCGAGCACCAGCUCCAUCUCCGGCAACGAGAAGUUGGGGGCCGAGAAGGGUGCUUUGAAGGACAACGUCGCGGUCGCUGAAUUUGAGGAUCCUAACCUCGACGAGAAGGAAGCUCUUGAGUUCGAGGACGACUCGCCGUAUCCUGAGGUUCGUUCUGCCGUCGCCAACACGGAUGACUUCGAGAUGCCGUCAUCAACCAUCCGUACUUGGGUCAUCGGAGUCAUUUGGGCGGUGAUCAUUCCCGGCAUGAACCAGUUUUUCUUUUUCCGGUAUCCAUCCGUCAGCGUCGGCAGCUAUGUUGCUCUAUUGCUGUCGUUCCCUAUCGGACGCCUCUGGGCAAGGUUCAUGCCCAGGGUCAAGGUCCUGGGUGUUUCCCUCAAUCCUGGACCAUUUACCAUCAAGGAACACGUUUUGAUCACGAUCAUGGCCGGUGUCGGUGCAGGCUCAGCGUAUGCGACCGACAUCGUUGCCGUUCAACGAGUCUACUAUAACCAGGAGUAUAACUUCAUCUAUCAAUGGAUGGUUGUGUUGAGCACUCAGUUGAUCGGCUUCUCUAUUGGUGGUAUCUUGCGAAGGUUCCUAGUUCAGCCUGCAUCCAUGAUCUGGCCUACCAACCUAGUAACCUGCGCGCUGUUCAACACCCUACACCAGCAGCAGUAUUCCGGGAUCGGUAACCGCGGUGGCAUCAGUCGAGAGCGGUUCUUCUCAUUUGUCUUCCUGGGGUCGUUCUGCUGGUACUGGUUCCCGGACUAUAUCUUCCAGGCCAUGUCGUACUUCAACUGGGUCUGCUGGAUUGUCCCGAACAACGUGGUCAUCAAUCAGCUCUUCGGCUAUUCGAGCGGCUUGGGCAUGUCGCUGCUCACCUUCGACUGGGCCCAGAUUUCAUACAUCGGUUCUCCGCUUGCAACACCCUGGUGGGCAGAAGCGAACAUUGCCGUGGGAUUCGUGUUCUUCUUCUGGAUCCUCACGCCGAUCUUGUACUACACGAAUACCUGGUACAGCUCUUUCCUGCCAAUAUCGUCCCGAAUUUCCUUCGACCGCUACGGUAACAGCUACAACGUCACCGCCAUCACGAACGCUGACGCCUCCCUCAAUGUGGAGAAGUACGAGUCAUACAGCCCGCUCUUCCUCUCGACGACGUUCGCGAUGUCCUAUGGGCUUUCGUUCGCGUCCAUCACGUCGAUCAUCACGCACACGUUCCUCUACUUCCGCAAGCAGAUCUGGGUGCAGUCCCGCCGUGCCAUGAGUGAUCAGCCGGAUAUCCACUCUCGCCUCAUGUCGCGGUACCGACAGGUCCCUGAGUGGUGGUACAUGUGCAUCUUUGCGACCAUGUUCGUUUUCGGAGUCGUGUCUAUCGAGGUGUGGCACACAGAGUUCCCCGUCUGGGCAUUCGUACUCAGCUUGGUCAUUGCUUUCGUGUAUUGUAUCCCAGUCGGCAUGAUCCAGGCUAUCACUAAUCAGCAACUCGGCUUGAACGUCAUCACCGAGCUGAUCAUCGGCUACGCCUUGCCCGGCCGUCCCAUCGCAAUGAUGAUGUUCAAGACCUGGGGCUACAUCACCAUGGCCCAAGCGCUGACGUUCACAUCAGACUUCAAGUUGGGUCACUACAUGAAGAUCAACCCGCGCGAGAUGUUCUGGGCACAGGUUGUCGCGACCGUCAUUGCGGGCACGGUGCAGCUCGGUGUGCAAGCGUGGAUGUUCACCAAUAUCCCGGACAUAUGCGCUCCCAGUCAGGCGAAUGGUUUCAUCUGCCCAUCAACCGAAGUAUUCGGUACUGCGUCUAUCAUCUGGGGUGUCAUCGGUCCUGCACGCCAGUUCUCGCAGGGACAAAUCUACUAUGGUCUUGUUUGGUUCUUCCUGGUUGGAGCCGCCUGCCCUCUUGCGGCCUACCUCAUCGGCUUGAAAUGGCCCAACUCAUUCAUCAAAUACGUUAACUUCCCUGUCAUCUUCAGCGGAACCGGAGCCAUCCCGCCCGCGACGGCGAUCAACUACGUUCCGUGGGCGAUCAUGGGGUUCAUCUUCAACUACGUCAUUCGCCGCCGCCACUUCUCCUGGUGGACGAAAUACAACUAUGUCCUGUCCGCGGGUCUGGACUCGGGCGUUGCUAUUUCCAUCAUCGUCAUUUUCUUCUGCGUGCAGUACCCCCUGGCCGGUGCUAUCGGCAAGGAUACCAUCCAGGCGUGGUGGGGCAAUACGGUCCCCUUCGACAACGCGGACGGUCGCUCUGAGAGCUACAACAUUAUUCCCGCCGGUGGCCACUUCGGGCCUGAGACCUGGUCAUGA